UUUGCGGGAAGUUUGGUCGUGGUACAAGCCUGCAGUCAGCGAUAAACAUCACAGUGAAGAUGCCCCCCAAAGCCAAGGCUGCAGGGAAGCGAAUCGCUCCAGCCAAGAGGAAACUGGCAGAGGAGUUUCCACCAGGAGAAGUGUUGACUGACACCGGGAAGAAAGCCUGGAAACUAGGGACUCCAAUCGGCCAGGGGGGAUUUGGUCUCUUAUAUCUGGCUGAUGAAAAUUCUGCAAAAUCUGUGGGUGCUGAUGCUCGCUAUGUCAUCAAAGUGGAGCCCAGUGAAAAUGGACCUCUGUUCUCAGAGCUCAAGUUUUACAUGCGAGCUGCUAAGCCUGAGCUGAUCCAAAGUUGGAUGAGAUCUCACAAGCUGAAAAAUCUGGGAGUUCCCAGGUACUGGGGCUCAGGUCUGCAUGAGAGAGGAGGGAAAAGGUACAGGUUCAUGGUUAUUGACAGGCUUGGCACAGACCUGCAGAAAAAGUUUGAAGAAUGUGGAAAGAGGUUCCCCAGAAAACUGGUUCUGCAGCUUGGUCUUUGUCUGCUGGAUAUUUUGGAGUAUAUCCAUGAACAUGAGUAUGUGCACGCUGACAUUAAAGCAUCUAACCUCAUGUUGAGCGACACUGAUCCCAACCAGGUUUACUUAGUAGAUUAUGGGCUGGCGUACAGGUACUCUCCUGAUGGUGUCCUCAAAGAGUACAAGGAAGACCCCAAGAGAUGUCAUGAUGGUACCAUCGAGUUCACGAGCAUCGACGCCCAUAAAGGAGCAUCUGCAUGUAGACGGAGCGACCUGGAGAUCCUGUGCUACUGCAUGGUUCAGUGGUUGUGUGGUCGGCUGCCCUGGGAGGACAAGCUUCAGGACCCGAUCUACGUCAGAGACUCCAAACUUAGGUGUCAAGAAAACAUCUCACAGUUUAUGAACAAGUGUUUCUCUGCUCAAGACAAGCCAGAUGAAAUUGAGAAGUUCAUGGAGGAGAUUAAAUCCCUGGGAUACCAAGACAAACCACCCUACGAGAAGCUGCGCUCCAUCCUGCUGUACGGACUGAAGGGCAUCCAGUCUAAAGAUGAUGGCAAGCUUGAGUUCGCUCCUGCCAACGGAGCUGUAUCACUUCCUGCUCAGAAGACGGCCAAGAGAAAAAAAGCAGAUGAGGAGAGUGAGACGGAUGGAAAUUCCACAAAGAAAAAGAUGGUCGCAAAAAAAAAAGAAGUGAAUAGAGUGAAGAGUCCCAAGAAGAAUCCUAGACCAAGAAAGGUGCCCAACAGUGGAAAACAGGGUGACCCUAAAUCCAGUCUUGUGGAGAUGGGGACCCAGACCUCACCUGGACUAGCCAAAAGAUCUAGAGGCAGACCCAAGAAAACCUAAACAUCAACCAGUCUAUACUACUCCUUCCAUCCAUCCUCUUAAAAAUCUGUUUUAUAUGCUUUGAUAAUUUCUGUCUGUCAUACACCUGUAGUGGUUGAUGUUUGAUUGUAUUUCGUGUGGUUGAAAUCAGAACCAUUGUAAUAAAGUAGAAACAAAAUA